CCUCCAGGCCGGUUUGGGGCGCACGGGGGCGCCGCUGAGACCGCACUGCUACCUGAGCUGCCGAGCCCCGGGAAAGGCGCUCACUUCCGCGUCAGGCCCCGCGGCGUCAGACGGCCGCGCCAAGGGCCGGGCGGGCCGCAGAGGGGGACUGGGACCACUGUUGUUUUGCAUUUUCUGAAAGUGUUUCAAGGCAGAAGUUGAGGUGUCAGAGAGAGCAAUGGAAAGUCACAAGGCAGAAGAAGAGGUGGUGGAUAUUCUUCGACUGAAUGUGGGUGGCUGUAUUUACACAGCCAGGCGUGAAUCCUUGUGUCGCUUUAAGGACUCAAUGCUGGCAUCCAUGUUCAGUGGUCGUUUUCCUCUAAAAACAGAUGAAUCAGGGGCUUGUGUUAUCGACCGUGAUGGACAUCUAUUUAAAUACCUUUUGGAUUAUCUUCACGGAGAAGUUCACAUUCCCACAGAGGAGCAGACCCGCAUUGCUCUGCAGGAAGAAGCUGAUUACUUUGGCAUCCCUUAUCCGUACAGCCUGUCUGACCACUUAGCCAAUGAAAUGGAGACAUAUUCUUUAAGGUCAAAUAUAGAACUUAAAAAGGCUUUAACAGACUUCUGUGAUUCGUAUGGUUUAGUUUGCAAUAAACCAACGGUUUGGGUUCUCCACUAUCUUAACACAUCUGGUGCAAGCUGUGAGAGUAGAAUUAUUGGUGUAUAUUCCACAAAAACUGAUGGAACAGAUGCUAUUGAUAAGCAGCUGGGAGGAAGAAUUCACAGUAAAAGCAUUUUUAAAAGAGAGGCGGGAAAUAAUGUUCAGUACAUUUGGAGCUAUUAUUCAGUAGCAGAAUUGAAGAAAAUGAUGGAUGCCUUUGAUGCCUGGGAAGGAAAAGGUGUUAGCUACUGGCGGGUGCCUCACGAGCUGAUAGAAUGUUGGACUCUGGAAGAGCGGCCUUUACUUGGAAGCCUACAUCACAUGGCCCCAAUUCGAAAGAGGCGACUGACAGCCUUCAAUGAAGAGGAGGAAGAAGGCGAGAACUGUAAGACGGGCCCUAAACCUGUCCGAUUUUUGGGUCCUUCCACCAGCACCCAAAUUAAAGUCAAGAAUUCCGCUUCCGUCAGGGUGUCCCCGGCCAGGGCGUCGGUGAACGCGGCUGUGGGAGGAAAGGCAGCCCAGCGCUGUGCCCCGACGAGAGCCCCAUCCCUGGUGGGUACCACGGGUGCUGAGAACGGAGCUGGGCACCCAGCUCCAGCUAAGGUUCUGCUCUCCGACAAGAAGGCCACCCCGCCCCGAGUGAUAAAACUGAAGCGGACUCCCCUGUGUGCCACCGGGCCUUCCCCGCCCGCCUGCCCCGCGGCGAGGACCGUGGGGCCCCCGGAGCCGCCCCCCAGCGCCCCCGGCGCCCUGGACCUGUGGACUGAGAAUGGGCAGCGGCAGACGGAUUGAUGGAAACAGGGCCUCAGGACAUCCCGUUUGCCCUUCUGAGCUUCCAGCCCGUUUAAUACAAAUAAGUGCCACUCUGCUGACGCACUCGAGGUGAAAAUUUAAGUUUCUGUUUAGGACAAAUGGUGUGAAAAGGAAUGGGUUGUGUGAAGAGGGAUGAGGAGGGAGAUUGUAAGUGUCUCCGUUUCCCAGCAUUUCAAUUUACUUGUCGAGGGCCAGUUGCAAUUUCAGGUUUUUAAAUGUGUUUGAAAAUGUUUCACUGGUAUUAAGGCAACAAGACAGUCCAGCACAAUCAUCGCUAAGGAAGACCACUGUGUUACUGCAAUAAUUCUAGCUUUUAGGUACUUAUUUAAUGUUUCUCAUUGCGGCCCAGGGAUUGGAAAGGGGGUUGGGUUUAGACCUUUCUGUCUGGCGACAUGGGGAGGGUGGUGGUAGUGCUUCCCUGUGCUUUGUCACAGAUGCAGGAGGUUGGAGAGACCACGUAGGUCAAGGUGAACUCCGCCAGGGUCACUCUCAGUCUCAAAAGGUAACUUGAAAAGAUAUGUAGGAAAAGCAAGACGAUAAUUUGAGAUCACAUUUUGACUCUCACUUAAUCAAACCGUUUUCUCUCCUAGAUUGGCUUUUCCUACACUUUUCUGUUAGCAGAUUUAUUUAUACAUCACAGGAAGAUUUCUUGGGAUAAGAACGAUAUAAUGCAUCUUUGGAAUGAACUGCUAAAAUAUUUUGAGUCUGAAAAGUGAAUUUUGAAAACACUUUGAAAAAGAAGUUAAAAGUUUAACUUUUUAACUAAAGUUAAUGUUUGUUUUUCAGAAAUGACCAUUGAGUGAUUCUGAUUAUACAGUAUGAUUUUUAUGCAUAAAAUUUCCACAUAACUUGAAUUUAAUAUUUUUAAACAGAAUAGUUAAUCUUCUAUUUUUUCACAACUGUUCAUUUGUAUGUGUUUACACGUACAGGUUAUGUUUUAUAAUUGGAUCACAUAUUUCUACCUUCAGUGAGCAGUAUGCCUGCAGUGUAUUAAAAAUAAGUUCAUAAAGCAGGGUAGUUUUUACUCAGUGCUUACAUUGGUUCGAAAGAGUAAAUAUACUCAAGACAUUACUUUUCACAAAAUAUAGUAAAACGUUUCCAUAAAAAGUGAAAAUUUUCUGUGACUAUACUUAUUUCUAAGCCUUGGAGCCGUUUGGUAGUUUGAAAGCUUGUUCAGUUAUAUAGGUUAUCUAUUUCUACUUUCGCAAUUGCUUUCUUGUCUAGUUAAUGUAUGAAAUUAUUAAACCAAUUUUGGAUAGCUAUCCAAAUACCAGCAACUUUCUAAAAUAAGUGGCUAGAAAAAGUGAAUAUUUAACUAAAGAUUUAUGAAUGAUAUUCCCCUAUAGAAUAUAUAAAAUAUUCAGUCACCUUGAAAAAUACUGUCAUAAAGAAUCCAGGCCCUCUUCAGUGAGUUUUAAAAACUUCCAUUUAGAAUAUUAUUAGUAUUGUUUGAUCUACGACUUUUUUUUUUCUUUUUGCCUUUUCUAGGGCCGCUCCCACGGCAUA